AUGACCCCCGCCGACCGUCUGAAGAACUGUUAUACGGUCAACUUCAUUGAUCACUACAGCAACUACUGCCGCGUGUUCCUCGCGCUGACCAAGGACAAGGCCGCCAAGAAGUUUGAACACUUUCUGGCGUGGUUUGAAAAGCGUUUCGACUGCCUCAUCCAUGUGCUUCGCACAGAUGGAGGCGGCGAGUACAUGAACGUUGAUCUUUUUUGCAAGACAGCAUGCGUCGAGCGACAGAAGAGUGAAGCUCGCAACCAGGCGUCAAACGGAAAGGAAGAGCGAAUGCAUCGUACGGUCCUCAACAUGGCGCGGUCGAUGAUUUUUGCGAGCCGCUUGCCGCUGUCGUUCUGGAGAGACGCCGUCGAAUACGCUGCAUUCGUUCUCAACAGAAUUCCAAACAGUGCGAAUACACGUCGCGCGUCGCCACUACAGAUGCUGACGAAGCAGACACCAGACCUGCGCGAGAUCGUCGCGUUCAGGUCGGUCUGCACGGUUUAUCGGGAUCCCCGCAAGAUCUCGCUCAAACAACGAGCGCAAUUAGGAGCGAUCGUCGGUAGCAGCGACGAAACUAAAGGGUACCGCGUGUUUUUGAAGAAAUACAACGUCGUCGUCGUUACACAACACGUAGAAAACAUUGAAACGCUCAGUGACGAGCAGAUCGACCGGUUGUAG